AUGAAUCCCGAUGAUUAUUUAUUUACUGAAGAUGCUGAUUAUUUGAAGUCCGGUAAUAUUUCGAGUGAAGAAGAUUUUGAAAAAAUGUUAUCAUCACCUGAGGCUGAUCACUAUUCAUUACAAGCAUCAUCAACACACAGUCCAGAUAUAGAAAUUGAUCCAUUAAAUUUAAUUUGUUGUGUUUGUGGUGCUCCUGCACAUGGUUAUAAUUUUGAUCAGAUCACGUGUGAAUCAUGCAAAGCAUUUUUUCGUCGAAACGCAUUAAAAAAUACGUCCAAUUUUAAAUGUCGUUUCGCUGGCUGCUGUGUGAUAAAUAUAUCUACGCGACGUCAAUGUACUUAUUGUCGACUAAAGAAAUGUUUCGAUGUAAAUAUGCGUAAAGAAUGGAUACGUACAGAUGAAGAACGUGAAUUACGAUUAUUGAAAAAUCUACAAAAAGAACAAAGAAAACUAAACAAAUCAUCAGCUGAUCAUCAAUUAAUGGUAAAACUACCGAUAGUCAUACGAAAGAAAAAACGUAUUCUACCAGCAACUGCCAGAUUAGUAUCACAAGCAUUUAUUAUUCCUAAAAUUUGUAAAUUAAAUUCUUUCGGUGUUCAUCGUAAUCUAUCUGCUGAUGAUAAAAUUCUAUUAAAUAAUAUCAUAUGUGCUUAUAAAUACGGAGCUGAUCAAGCUGAUUCUUCUCAUGUAAAUCGUUAUACAUCAUCAUCAUCAUUAACACAGUUUAUCAAUGAUGAAAGUAUCAAUCAUAAAUCAUUAAUUUAUUUUUAUAAACAUAUUCCAGAAUUUCGACAAUUAGAUACUGAUGAUCAAGUUUUAUUAAUUAAAUGUAAUAUGGUUGAUAUUAUACAUUUGCAUCUUGUAAUAGUACAAAAUUUUCACGAAAAUUCGAAAAUGGCUGAACAUAUGUCACAAUGGAUAAGUCUAGAUUUUCAUCGACAAAUGUCUGGAACACGACAAAAAUUUGAUCGUUUUAUGAAAUAUCCCGCUAUAUUACAAAUAGCAUUGAUUGUUCUUAUAUUUAGUAUUAAUUUAUCGACACCACGUGGUAGUAGUGAAAGUAUGAAUUAUAUAAAUAAAAGAAAAUUAUAUGAAAGUCAAAAUUAUUAUGUCUCAUUACUUUGGCGUUAUUUAAAUUAUCUCUUUGAUGAACAAGAAGCAAUACGAUCAAUGGUAUUAAUUGUUAUGCAAAUUUUACAUUAUCAAGUGUUAAUGACUAUAAUGGAUGAAAUGUUACAAAAAAGUGGAAUGGAAGAUAUGUUAAAUCCAUUGAUGCAAUCUAUUUUUGGAUUAACUUGA